AUCAUUCCGCACUUGCCAACCCCAUUCGGUCGAGGUGCGGCCAAGGGAUCGACUUGACGUUCCUGCUUGUCUGUCGCGUUCCUGACAGGGUAAAAGCAUCGUCCCAAAAACGCGUGUUGAAUCAUUCGCCGCCUCGAUCCCAGGCUGGCGCACCUUCUUCCUGCCCCAAGCCUGAGGCCCCUCUCGCAUUUGCACCGUCGGCAACUGGCAACUGGCAACCUUUUGCCAGGCGAGAGUGAGCACGGCCGGCGAUCGGUGUGCAUGCCCCACACACGCAUUGCCUGGAUCACGCAGCAAAUAAAAAUUAAACGUUGAAUUCCUCGCCUGCCUCGGCUGCCACACCAAACUCAAUCCAGCAGCGCCCAACCAGGUUUCUGCGACAAAAGGCGACCUCUCCGCUCAACGCCAGAUCAAGUCUAGGCCAUCGGCACAACGCUCAAAACAGCAUCUCCACCGUUUUACCUUUUUGGUCUUUCGUGAUACCCGAAAGGAAAAAAUGGCCGACAUCACCGACCAACACGACCAAACCUCGCCCACCGAGCUCGAUGAAGCGCAUUCGGUUGGCAAUGGCAACCCUGCCGUCGGCGAGAGUCGCGGCAUCAAGCGCGCCCGCCCUAGCGCUGCGGACGACGACGAUGACGACGACGAGAAGGCCGGCCGUGAGCGCCGCAAGAUUGAGAUCAAGUUCAUCAGCGACAAGUCGCGUCGCCACAUCACCUUCUCCAAGCGCAAGGCCGGUAUCAUGAAGAAGGCCUACGAGUUGUCGGUCUUGACUGGAACCCAAGUUCUGCUCCUUGUCGUGUCGGAAACCGGCCUUGUCUACACCUUCACCACCCCGAAGCUGCAACCUCUCGUCACCAAGGCCGAGGGCAAGAACUUGAUUCAGGCUUGCUUGAACGCGCCCGAGCCACCCGCCGGUGACAACGGCGUGGACGAUGCCAACGCGGUCGAAUCUCCCGAAGAGCCCACUAGUGCCCACCUUCCCCCUCAACCGACUCGUCCCGGGAUGCCCCAGGGUCACAUGCCUCCCGGCUACAUGCCCAAUGUCGGGAUGGACCCCCAGCAAGCGCUUGCAUACUCGAAUUACGUCCAACAGUCGCGGGGCAACCAGUACAUCCCCCCGUCUAGCCUCCAGCAGCAUGCAGGUCACCAGCCUUGAGCCCUCUCUCCUCCCCCUGUCGGCUCUCAUCAUGACUUCAGCCCGUGCGCCCAAAAUACCCAAUCGAUACUCUAAUGCAUUUGUGAAUCGUCAUAUUUCGGUCGACAUGUUUGGGGCGGCCUCGGCACGUUAACGAGGCGCGCUCUGGUCCGGCGUUUAUUGGGGGGAUGUAUGCUGCUCAUUCCAUCUUCUUUACAAAUUCUUGGGCCGUCUAUCUCAGCUUCCACUCUUAUCUGCAUCGCCUCAUUCUUCUGGUCCCCCGGCGCGGAAGUCGAUGGUCAGGUACGGAUUGUGCUCUUGAUCCAGCGCAGCUGGAUUGGGGUCCUACCUUGCUGCGCCUCAAAUGGGCGGUGGGUUGUUUAUAUCCCUUGUUGUGUUCGUCAGGGUGAAGGCUGGAGCUGGAGGCUGCAGUGAAACUUCGUCUGAGCACUCGGAUCAGGAGGGUUCGUAGCGCUUGGCUUUAGACGGCACUUUUUCUAGCGCGCCUUCCGCGGGUGUGCGAGAGGCCUGCGUGCUGGAAUUGUUGCUUGGCGGCUGUCCAGUUUGUGGUAGCGGGAUGAAGUCAACGAUCCACGAAGAAUUCAUACCACGGACUUGGGGGGCGUUGCGGAGCUAGCCGAGAUGGGGAAUGAAAUAAUAUUGACAGUUUGGCGACCGUUC